AUGAAUAAAAAGGCAAGCCUUUCGGAUUCUAUAACCACUCCUACAGAACCAUAUAUAAAACAUUUAUCCUUACCUAGUCCAAUAAUCACAAGGCGUACUAGAACAAAUUCAACAUCGGCUAAAGCAUUUGAAAAUCCUAUUGAAAAAGGUACGGUUAAAAUGUUUUGUCGUGAAAAAGGUCAUGGAUUUAUAACGUCAAAUCGAACUGGAGAAGAUAUUUUUGUACACAUCUCAGAUAUCGAAGGAGAAUAUGUGCCAUUACCUGGUGAUGAAGUCGAAUAUAGAUUAUGUCCGAUUCCACCAAAAUUUGAAAAAACUCAAGCUGUUCAUGUUAAUAUAAUUCAUUUAACACCAGAAGUUCAUGUUAAAUGGGAUAGUUUAAUAAAACAACAAAAUUAA